AUAAAGUUUCAACUUUCAACCUCUGUCCAGUUAGCAGACACCUAAUCGCUGUGGGAGGAAAUUUGUAGAGUUCGUUGCUGCUGCAUCAACAUAUAUUACAUUCAUCCCCUAUAAAGGGAAAGGAAGCAUUGUGUACAUCAUGAACCCACCAAAGAAGAACUUUUUUGUUCGCAACAAAGUGCUCUUCGUAGGUCUUAUUAGUCUUUCACUAAUUCAUGUUGGUUGGUUUCACAUCGCUAAUGAUCCGGUCUUCAAUAAAGGAGAAAAGAAGACAGUUUCAGACCUUCUUCCAUCCUACAUCAAAUCUAAGGCUUUGAAAGCACCAGCUGAAAAAUCCAAUUAGUUGUCAGUCGGUCAGUCAUAUCAGCCAACAUCUGUGCAAUCAAUUGAAAUUGAGGACACGCCCAAUACAUUUCAAAUUUAAUUUCACUGAAGGACAGUAUACCAUGGGUCUCGGAAGGACUAUUACGCAGCACAGAUUUGUUGGUGCUUUAAUUACGUUGGCCACGAUUCACCUAGUGAUCUAUAAUGUGCAGAAGAUCGCGAAGACAUCAGCCACUGCUGAGGACAGGAAGGAGCAGGAGACUGUAAUGGUUAUAAGAACAGAUGAGAAGUAAUACAAUCUAGCAAAGCAACAUUCAUAUCAAGAUGUGUGCUGUGUCUCCUGGAGCAAGUAUGGCCUAUCAAACUCCCAAGGAACAGUCUCACAUCAGCUCCUAUGACCAGCAACAUCCAGCCAACAUUCAUGCUCUCCAAGCCUUCAAAUCCAUCAUCAAGUCCUGCUAUGGGCCUCAAGGACACUUGAAAAUGAUUCAGAACCAGUGUGGAGGCCAUGUUACCCUGACUUCCUCCAGCCAGAGACUACUGUCGACCCUGUCACUGUCCAAACCAGUGCUGAAGAUGCUUUCUGCAGCUGUGGAGGGCCACCUCAAGGUGUAUUCUGAUGGAGGCCUCCAUGUUGCUCUUCUGGCGUGUUCAUUGGUUGAAGGCUGCUGGGAGACUGGACUGCAUCCCAUGAUGAGUGUAGCCGUCAAUGAAGUAAUGCAGGACAUAUGCAAAAAGACCAUGAUGUCCAGCGAUAUCUUUAGGAUACCUAUCAAUGUGGCAUCCAUGGAGACACUCUUGUCACUUGUUAGAUCAGUGAUUGCUUCAAAACCAGGUUGUGGCCUGGUCAAGCAGGACCUUCACGGGAUAGCCAGUCUUGUUGUACAGUCCUUCAUAUCCUCCAUCCCAAGUGUGGACCAUGGUCAGCCAUUGACCAUUCCCGAGGUUCAAGUCAUUGGAGUAGAGGGGGAGAUGCCUUCAGGUUCACACAUCCUUGAAGGCAUUCUGAUAGAAGCCCCAGAUAUUCCUGCCUUCUAUACUAAAGAUCUUCAAGUGCCUAGGAUAGACUCAGGACAUGAUGCUGGCUGUAUUAGAGUAGUGCUGUUCAACAUAUCUCUGUCAGGGGAUAGUGAGGAAUAUGCUGAUGUUGGAUAUGAGUUGUCUCCUGGAUUAACAGCUGAAGCUAGUAAUCUCCAAGCCAUGAGGGAUCUUGUUGAUCAGCUGGUUGACACAAGAGUUGGAUUAGUAGCAUGUCAGAAGGUCAUUCAUCCAUCCAUCAAACGCUACCUCAGACAGAAGGGUAUUCUCGCUAUUGACCGUCUGUCCAUUCGCCAUAUUGGAGCUGUACAGCAGGUCACUGGUGCAGAGAUACUAGGUUCAUUCAGCUGUGCAGUCCCUUCAUCCAGUUUUGGUUAUAUAACUGACAUCAAGCACCUUGUCAUGUUUGGUAAAAGCUAUCUUCAUCUCCAAAGCACUUCUUCAUCACUAUGUACACUGGUAUUGUGCAAUCACACAGAACAAAGCCUAGAAGAAAUGAAGCAUGUUUGCCAGGUGGCUCAUCAUACCCUGGCAUUGACCUUGAGUAACCCCACCGCUGUCCCUGGAGCAGGCUGUCUGAAUGUUAUCCUUGCUCAUCAUAUCAGAGAACAGGUAUCACAUGUGGAUGAGAGCGUAUGGAGAGAUAUAGGAUGCUCUAAAACCCAGUUUCUACAAUUAGCUGAGAAAUUUGCAUCCUGCUUGGAGGCAGUCUCCAUGGCAACUGUUCAUGAUGAUGGCAGCCAUCUUGUGACAGACUCCACAUCUCAUCACAGCUGGUGCAUCCCAAGAGAAGCCAUGGCGGAUUCUGAUUGGCUGAUGAGACUGGGUAGGUGUGGCUGUGGCAUGAAGGUAGCCAAUCAGCUCAUGGAUAGCUCAUGGAGCAUUGUGGGGAACCUGAAGUAUGGGGUGUAUAGGAUGGAGAAGCAAGCUGUCAACGAAGCAAGCAGGACUGUGGAAGACAAUGACAGUGAACAGGAAAAUCAUGCUAGGAAUGUGUUGCAUCCCACUUGCAGCGAUCGGACUGCAGUGCAUGAUGGGAUGUCUGGUCAUGAAUCAUAUAAGAGUCAAGAAGGUGAUGGGAUGGGUCUGAUCUUAGACUUGUUUGCCGUGAGGUUCAAUUCAUUUUGUGUGGCUGUAGACAUGGCUAAUGUUGUGUUGAGAAUCGGACACACCGUAGAAGACAUCAAUUGAUGUCGUUACUUCAAAUUGACUACUCCUACAACUUGUUUGCUUUGUAACAUGAAACAAAGUUUUCAUGAUAAAAAGAGAUAAUUAUAGGAUUCUUCUUAAUUAAUAUUAUAUUAUAAAAAAGUCUGUAUUUAAUCCUAAUGUGGAACUUAAGUUGUUAUAUUCAUGUGGCAACUCUGCUGUUCUGAUCUUCUUACAGAUGCAUCAAGAUAAUUCUUGUUUGUUAUUCGUGUGUAUGUUUCAUUCUCCCUAUGUUUUCUUCUUUAUUAUAAACACUGUAUGUUGAAUUAGCUAUCCACUUUUAUGUUGCUUCAAGCUGAUUAAUGCAGGACUAAAAGCAAUACAACAUUUAUUAAUGUACCAACCUUCUAACAGAACUUUAAACAUGUACAAUUUGUUAGAUCAAAUGCUAACAUUUGUUGCUGUUCACAGUAUUAAGUGGAAGGAAAAUGUAUGUCUUCACUGACAAAUUGGUUUUGUAAUUGUAGUUUUCAAAUCUACUGUCUCGUACAUCUACAUAGGCCUAACCAUAUAUUUGUCAUGUUAUACAUACACUAAUUUGUUUAAAUUGCAUUAUAAAUUGAAGAAAAUCUACUGUUAUCAGCAGAACCACCCCCCAAAAAAGAGAUUGUGUAAUCCUGAUCUGGACCUUUACUUCGUUCUGCUGGGAUGAUUGCCUCUGUUUUUCUUUGCAGAUAUGUCAGUUCCAUUUGAUUUUGUUAUAAUCCACAAAGAGUCCUGCAAUAUUUGUUAGCGUACAAUAUUAUAUUUUGUGCAGGUGUACUUGCCAUGGACAUAAUAUGGUGAUUUACAUAUUGAUACAGGUUGCAAAUAAGAUUGCAGAAUUCACAACAAUAUAUCUUGUCUAUUUACAUCAUAACUUUUUAAAUAGGUUCUUUGAGCUAAUUUUCUAACUUUAUGCUCUUUAUAAUUUAUUCUUGACUUUAUUGCUUCCCCUCAGCCUUCUCCGAAACAUAAAACAUGUAUGUUCGAGAAGAAAGUAUUGUAUACCAAAAGUAAAUAUCCAAGUCAAAUGAAAAAUGUAACAAAUGUUCUUACAUGUAUGUUAUCUCAAUACAACAUGCUGUGGUUAUGUACAAGUACAUACUAAUAUGCACAAUGUGAUUUGUUAUGUAAUAAAGGGUGCAAAUGGGAAGCAGAUGCUGUUACCUCUGUGUAAACGUAUAUGGAUUAAUGCCCUUCUGGUACCGGACAAUUAUUUUAUAUGCAUUUUAAUUUACUACGACUAAAUGAGCGAUAUAAUGACCAUUAUAAUUAUCUUUUGGGGAUUUUUGUUGUAAAGAUUAUUUAUGGUGAAAUCAAAAGGUCUUGCCAAUUUAGAUGAGAUCACAACAAUUUCCUUAAGAUUAAAAUAAAUAAAUGAAUGUACAUGUUGUCUGUUCAGAUCUAGAAGGGCAUUAACUCUAAGUAGAAGUAUAUAACCUGAUACCCCCUGGCUCCAAACAGACAAUGUCAUCAUCAUUUCUAAUCAUAAAAUGAUUAUUAUUCAGAAACUUGAUCUAAUGUCUCAUUGUCCCCUCUAAUUGGAAAUCAUUCAAAUAGUUAUAUUAUGGACUGGACUGCAGUGUACAUGUAGAAAGCAUUGCAUUUUUCAAGAAUUCAAAUCUUGAGUAGGUUCCUGACAUUGUGUUGUAAUGAAACAAUGUAUUUGUGUGUGACAAAUGUAAGAGAUGAGACAGAAUUUUAUGAAGAUGUAGUCAUAAGUCGAUUAUGUGUGUUGAAAUUGAGCAUGAAAUACAAAGAAAAUAAUUGGAA